AUGCCACCGAAGAAGGGAAAUCAAUCUAAGCCAGAAAGAUCAGCGGACGAGGAAAACAUGGAAGCACGUGUUAGCUCUGUGGAAAAUGAGAUUGCUCGAAUGAGGAUAACGAUGGAGAAUUUUCAAGAAGCGAUAAAACGCGAAGUUCAAGAGAACCACUCGAUACUCGUCGAGCUUUUGACUCGAAAUUCUGGGAAAGAUCUAGAGGGGGAAGAUGAAGGUUCAGUGAAGAAGAAGAGCACAUAUCUUCAGUCUCUCACCAUUAGACUAGAGGAAAUGAGAGUUAAAAGGCGUGAUUCAGAACAGUGGAUGCAUCAUCGCUUACUCCCACCAGAGCUCAGGGAGCGUGUGAGACGGUAUGAUCAAUAUAAGUGGCUGGCAACGCGUGGUGUAGAUGAAGAAAAUUUAGUUCAGAGUCUACCAAAGGAUCUUCGAAGAGAUAUUAAACGUCAUCUCUGUUUGGCCUUAGUGAGGAGGGUUCCACUAUUUGAGAGUAUGGAUGAGAGAUUGCUUGAUGCCAUCUGUGAGAGACUGAAACCAUGUUUAUUUACAGAGCAUACUUACAUUGUUCGGGAAGGAGAUCCAGUUGAUGAGAUGCUUUUCAUCAUACGUGGUCGUCUUGAAAGUGUUACCACAGAUGGUGGGAGGAGUGGAUUUUUCAACCGCAGUUUUCUAAAGGAGGCCGACUUCUGUGGGGAGGAGCUUUUAACCUGGGCCCUGGAUCCCAAAUCUGGUUCUAAUCUCCCAUCUUCUACUAGAACAGUUAAAGCAUUAAUGGAGGUUGAGGCUUUUGCCUUAACUGCUGAUGAGUUAAAAUUUGUUGCCAGUCAAUUUAGACGCCUUCACAGUAGACAGGUUCAACACACUUUCCGCUUUUACUCCCAGCAAUGGAGGACUUGGGCUGCAUGUUUUAUUCAAGCAGCAUGGCGUCGCUAUUCUAAAAAGAAAAUUAUGAAGCUUCGUCAAAAGGAAGAAGGUGCUGAUGAAUCAGAAGGAACUCAUGAAAAUGUUGGUGGAAGUUCCUACAGCUUUGGUGCUGCCCUGUUAGCCUCAAAGUUUGCUGCACACACUCUUCGUGGUGUACAUCGUAAUCGACUUGCUAAGACUGCCAGGGAGUUAGUGAAACUACAGAAACCCCCAGAGCCUGACUUCUCUGCAGAUGAUGCCGACUAA